UAUCUGUUAAUUGCGUAAUUACAUCCUCUCGCUAUCUUUCUCUCUCUUUCCACCUGAAAUUUCAGACGCUUUGGUUAAUUGGUUACCAUUUUCGCACACAAGAGCUUGAUCGUCUUUUGUGCUUCGUAAGUAAAAUGCAGACAAGAACGGUACACGUAGGACAUCUUUCAGAUCUAGCUACCGAGAGAGAAAUUCACGAGUUUUUCUCUUUUUCUGGUGACAUCGAGCACGUUGAGAUCUGCCGUGAUUCAGAACAAAAGAAGACUGCAUUUGUCACGUUUAAAGAUCCAAGGGCUCUUGAAAUUGCAUUAUUGCUAUCGGGAGCAACCAUUGUGGAUCAGAUUGUUAGCAUUACUCCUGUGGAAAAUUACGUGCCAAAACCUGAGUUCCGGGAAGUUCGUGUAGUAGAUAAUGCUGUGAGCAUGGCUCCAGAAAAUCAUUCACCGAAUGCUGAGGGCAACGGUACAUCUCCUCGCAGUGGUAGAGUGUACAUGAGUAAAGCACAGGACGUUGUUUCAAGUGUUCUGGCUAAAGGUUCAGCAAUUAGGCAAGAUGCCGUGAAUAAAGCUAAAGCGUUUGACGAAAAGCAUCAAUUAAGAGCCAAUGCAUCUGCUAGGGUGAAUUCCUUUGAUAAGAGAGUAGGGCUUACAGAGAAACUUAGUGUUGGGGUUUCGGUUGUAAAUGAGAAGGUCAAGUCUGUGGAUCAGAGGCUUCAAGUGUCGGACAAAACAAUGGCUGCACUAUUGGCGGCUGAGAGGAAACUAAACGAUACAGGAUCAGCUGUCAAAUCAAGCAGGUAUGUGACUGCUGGAUCAGCUUGGCUGAACGGAGCUUUUGGUAAAGUGGCAAAGGCUGGGCAAGUUGCAGGAACGAAAACUAGACAAAAAUGGAACUUGGCAGUGUCAAAUUUAACUGCAAAGGAUUCACCGAUUGCUGCAUAAGCAGAGUUGAUAGAUGUUGAUGAUUAUGGAUGGGUUCUCAAUGAUCAGAAUGAUAAUUGAGAUCUACAAUUAGAUGUGUGUCCUCUAGUAAGUAAGUAAAUGUUUGUGGGUAUGGGCAGUUUUGUGAUUCAUUUAUUAGUUAAUUGUUGUGUAAACCUACUUACCUUCCUGAGGGUAUUGAGCCUUAAGGUCCUGUAAUUUUCAAGUGUGCAACUGCAAGUCAUGAUGUCAACUCCAUUUAAAACUCAAGUGUAAGGGUUCAUUUAAGACUAGUCUCUUUUCUUUUUCUUCUUUUCAGAACUGAAUCUCCCAAGUUUGGAGUAUUGAUGUACUACUUACACCUUUAAUGCAUGAUAUACAAGUGAUUAUAGUA